AUGCCUGUCGAUUACAGUAAAUGGGAUGCGCUGGAGCUCAGUGACGACUCUGAUAUUGAGGUACAUCCGAAUGUCGACAAACGAUCAUUCAUCCGUGCGAAACAGAAUCAGAUCCAUCAAGAGAGACAUCACCGGAAGCUACAGAUCGAAACUUACAAGUACGAGCGUGUGGUCAAUGAUGGCUUGAUCAAGCGCAUCUCGGGCCUCUUGGCAUCGCUGCGAGCCCAUGCCUCUGAGGCUACCACCCGAAACCCAGCAGAAGUUGCUUUCCAAGCUGUCAUGGAGUCGGCUGGAAAUCCUAAGGAUGAUAAGCCACCACCACCACCUGAGGGUGUUCAUACUCAUGAGAAGGAGCAACCUUCGUAUACCAAGAUGAUGGCCACCCUCCUGGACCAAGUCAACAAGGUUCUGGACGAGAAGAAGCCAGACAACAGAUACGAGGCUAUGAUUGCAGAGAUCCAGACACAUGAGGACAAGGUCACAGAUUUGCAGAAAGAGUUGGAAAUCAAGCUGGCUGAACUAGAGAAAGAGGAAGGCCGAAAGAUCACCAGUGAGGGAAUACAUACCGGCUUCGACAGCUCCCAUGUUUCAAAGUCAGAGCCUGAAGCCAAGAAGUCAUCUACAGAGGUUGAACUACUGAACCCCGGCUCUGCAGGAGCUUCGUCAAGCUCGGGGGCCGAAAAGCAAGAAAUCAAGGUGGACGAUGACAGCGAUAUCGACGCUUCACCGGCCGGAAAGAAGUUUGGCACUAUCCGGGCAAAUGACUACGGCGCUAGUCUUCAAUUCCUGUCACAGAACCCUCAGCUUCUGGUUGAGAAGGAGACUGAUGGACUUCUCGUGCAGGCCUUUGAUGCUGCUCUCGAGAACAAGGAUGAGCUGUCGCGACAGUUGGUGCACCAGGCACUGCUUCUGCAGUACUGCCGAGCCCUUGGCAAAGAUGGAGUGGGGCUUUUCUUUAAGCGCAUCACCACCAAGGGACACCAAGCACAAGAUGUAUUCUACAAGGAUGUGCAAGAGACUUGGAUGAAGAUCAGAACCCGUUCUCGGGAGAUCGUAGCCGAACGAGCCAAGGAAGGCCAGAGCGAAGGAGUCGAGCAAAUCCAGUUGCAUGCUGUGGAGCCUGGCACGGUUAUCCAGAUUAAGGUGCCUGCGGCAGACAGCCAAGACCCUGAGGAGCAGGAAGCACGGGAGAUCUUUGAGAGUUUCGCGCCCGAGAUGCGCAAGGCCCUGGAGACUGGUAACUUGGACGAGGUGAACAAGGUGCUGGGUGAGAUGGAGAUUGACGAGGCUGAGGAACUCGUGGGUCUAUUUGGCGAGGCCAAUAUCCUAAGCUUGGAGGAGCAAAUUAUCGAUGCCACAACUGAGGCGGGAAAGAAGCAGUUGAAGGAUAUUGAGGCCGCGGCAUCUGCGGACAAGAAGGAAGAGUACGCGGACCCUGAGUAA